UGUUUCUGUUCUGAUUAAACUCUCCUUAAUCCCGGUGACUAUCUUUCUGUGAAAUAUAGUUCCUGUUUUUCUCAGGUUGUUAUUUAGGUUUUCUUUUCCACCAUUGCAGGAAGUCUGACUUAAAAUAGAGCUGCAGACAUUAAGGCCAUAAUUGCCAUAUGGAAAGCCUGCACUCCUGCUGUUUUUCUAGGGUGGGGGUAGAUUUGUGCUCUCCUUCAGCCCUUCAUGUGUGUCUGGACAAGUGGCGGAGAGUGACGUGACUCUCUCUCACACAGGGCCAGCACUGAUUCAUGCCAGGAAGCUUUCUCCAGCCAUGCUGAAGCAGAUCCUGUCCGACAUGUAUGUGGACCCAGAGCUCCUGGCUGAGCUCAGCGAAGAGCAAAAGCAGAUAUUGUUCUUCAAGAUGAGGCAGGAGCAGGUCAGAAGGUGGAAAGAAAGAGAAGCAGUAGCUACCACCCCAAAGCCAGUACUGAAGAAAGACCAUGGAAAAUCUGUGCAGUGGAAGCUUGGUGCAGAUGGUGAUAUCUGGGUAUGGGUAAUGGGAGAACACAUGCUGGAUAAACCAUAUGAUCUUCUGGGUAGUGAGAUUCUUGCUGAAAGCGUGAAGCAACAGUCACUUCAGCAAAUAGAGACAAUAAGAACACCACCAAUGGAAAAAGUCACAGAGAGUUUGGUAUCAUCUCCUCCACAGUUUCCAUCAGAAUCUGGAUUUGAAAUACUGCGAGACAAUGACAUUUUUGUUCAAAGAGAUGUAGCAAACAGAGUGGAAAACACACCAGCUGUUGGAAAUCACAGAAAUCUAGAAUGUAUCCAGGCUCCUAUGACUAAACUAAGAGAUGUGGAGCAGAUAUUGGAAGGCUAUUGCUCUAAUUCAAGCAAAUAUAAUUUUCAGAAGAAUAGAGAAAUGCCAAUGAAGACAACCACCGGCAAGACCAUAACAGGAGAAGAAAUGACUUUAGAUUAUCCUUCUGAAUCAAUUCAAAAACCAGAUAAAGAAGACCCCGUUUGGCUAGAAUCUUUACAGAGGUCCAAAGCAGCAGAUGAAAAACGAUGCUCCCUUGCCAAACAUGCACGAGAUGACUACAAGAGACUGUCAUUACAGGGUAUCCACAAGGACAAAGCAUCUGAUCUUUCCCAAAUCUUUAAGAGAGAGGAGCAAACAAAGCCACUCCCUCCACCUCUGCCACCAAAGCCUAAAAACCUUACAGCUAAAAUAGCUGAUGGGAAACCAGAGAGAAAACAGAGCUCACAAAAUUCUAUCUCCAGUUCUCCUUGGGAGAGUAUAGGUCAAUGGUUUAAAGAAGAGCAGAUCAAUUUCCGAGCCGGCUUUGAAAAAUCAAUGGAUCAGAUUGCACCUUGGUUUCACGGUAUUUUAACCACCAAAAAAGCAGAAGAACUUUUAGAGGGUUUGGCACCUGGAAGCUUUCUCAUCCGAGUCAGUGAAAAAAUCAAAGGCUAUGUUCUCUCCUAUUUGUCAGCAGAGGGCUGCAAACAUUUUCUGAUAGAUGCUUCUGGAAAUUCAUAUAGUUUCCUUGGUGUUGACCAACUCCAACAUUCAACAUUAGCAGACCUAGUUGAAUUUCACAAGGAUGAGCCCAUUACAUCAUUGGGGAAGGAACGACUUCAUUAUCCCUGUGGACAACAAGGAUAGUUACCAGAUUAUCUUGAUCUUUUUGAGUGAUUGUCAAGUGCAAUAAAAUCAGGAAGUCCAGGCAGUUCAAAGGAAUAUAAAGAUUUAUUGCAAACUUAUAUGCUCUACAAGAAUCUGAACUGUUAAUGGUCAAAGCAAAUAGGUGGUAGAUAAGAAUGAAAUUCAUAGGGAGAUUUCUUGUGGACACAAGGGAUUUGAGAUUGAUGAUGCAUUAAUCUUCCUCAGGCUCAGCCUGGUUGUCUUCUACAGAUACUUAGAAAAUCCAUUUAUCAUAUGGAGGAAGUUUAUGGAAUGAGGAGCUGCUGGCAUGGAGCCAAAAUCCUUCAGUUAUUACAAUAGUUCCUUAACUGUAAAAAUGUAAUUUAAAUAUAUUUGAUAAACAAAAACUAAAUUCAAUCAAGAAAGAAAUGGGAUCAAAAUCCUAAAGAAAGCAGCAAAAGAAUAAAGCUACCAUUACAGGCAAUUGUGGUAAUGAACUUUCUUUGUUCAAAAUGAAACCUGACUGCAUGAAUUGCUGUUAAAUGAAAUUAUAAGGAACUAUUCCAAAGAGUUGACAUUUGACAUUCUUGAAAGGUUUGUAUUGUACUUACAUUCAUAAUUGUUUUAUAUCUCCACACUUUACUAUAUUGUAAGCUACUCAAAGUCACCAAGUGCUACAACAUGGGCGCCAUAUAACAUUAAUGAAUAAAAAUUAAAUAAAUAAAAUCAUUGAGGAAAACUCCAAAUGCAGAAGUAAUUAGAAGUAUCUUCAUAACUUCAAAUACCCUGAAAGGUUGGUUUUCAUCAUCAGGAACGAGUAAUGAGUAUAAACAUGUCUGUAGUGCAUCAUAGAACAAUGGGUGCAUUAGAGCUUCCAACUGUUCACAUUUUUCUUGCUGUAUUCUCUGCUAAAACAACAUCGACAAAGUUGUUUCAUAGGGGUUGUGUGUUCCUUUAAAAAUGAUAGCAGACAUUGCAUGGAUCAAAACUUUUCACUGUCAGUUCUAUGGCCUAGUUCUUUAGAAAAUUGAGUCUUGGCAUACUGGCAGGGCAUGGGAGAAUCAGAUACAUUUUUGUAUUAACAUAUGUAGAAGGGAGAGAAGGGAAGAGGAGGAGGAGGAGGAGGCUAUCUUGGCGGGAAGAGGAGGAGAAAGAGAGGGGAAAGACAAAAAAGGCCGGAAGUUGAGAGAGGAUAACUACCUUUUGGAGGGAGGGGAAAAAAGAGACCUAGAAGGAUAGGAAAUGAAAAAAGAGGUCUGGGGAAAGGAAGAGGGAGUGAAGGCAAUAGGCAGGAUAGGAGAGACUUCUGUGAGGCAAGCAGAGGAAACCACGAAGGAGCAGUGGAAGGAAAGCUCAGCAGGCGAUUCAAGAGAGGGUGAGAGGAGAGAGAGAAAGAAAAAAGGGCCAACCAGCCACAUGAAUACCAUCUCAUCAUGUGACCCGCCAGUUGGGAAAAGACUGACCAUCGCCCCAUCGCAUGACCAGCCUGUUGAGAGAAGACUGACAACCACAACACUGCAUGUCCUAAGCCAAUAGAGGUGCCUGAGAGACGGACUAGCGGGGACCUGUGGCCAUACCAAAAGGGCAAAGAGAACCCGGAUUCCAGCAGCCCUUUUGGGGGUAGCA